AUCGUUCCUCCUCUUCACCUUUUCUUUUCUCACUUCUGUCCCAUACGUCCUAGCCUUACACCACAUCUUCACCUGGUUUACUCUUGGUACUACGGAUAGUACCUGCCCUUCCCACCUCCUUACCUCUUCUCUUCCCAUCUUCCCGCACUGCGUUGACCUGUUGGCCUUCGUUGCCAUCGUCAACGACUCUUCUUCUCCAGGCUUGUCCUCUUGAAAGGGCUGUUACCUGCUUCACUACUUUCUCUCUCUUCUCUACUGUCUACGCGUACAGCCUCGCCGGCCAACCUACCUACGCGUCCUCCAACCCGCUUCCGCCGUCAACGUCGUCGCCGCCGCAUCCAACAAUACACCUGCGGCGCCAAUUGGUUAAUUACCGGCUUUCUCACUACAGGGCAUAGUACCUUGUUCGCGACUGAUCCAGCAUCUCUAGCAAACUUCUGUAGUUUGGUCAUCUCACCUGCAGUACUCACAGAUCACAAUGGCGUGCUUUGAUAGCAGCUACACCACCGCCUCGCCUGUCUUGGGCAUCCAGCCUCAGGUCGCCCAUCAGUCACCGUUCGACAGGCCUAUCUUCUCACACUCGUCUCAGUCCUUUGGCCAUUCAGUCGCAUGCACCAGCCGUCCGAUACUGCAUUCCAACGCCACAUUCGCCGGCAGGAAGCGGUCUAGGGACGAGGCAGCACCCAACCUCGACGAGCCAGAGAAGGUCGUCCCAGCUCCCAAAGUCGAAGAAGCCGAAGACGAGUGGGAAUACGGCCCUGGGAUGAUCCUCAUCAAAAAGAAGACUGGCUACGUCGUCGACGCCACCAGCCAGUCCGGUACAUGGGUCGAGGACAAGGCGGCUCAUGAGCACGGCCGCAAGCUCGAGGAGGCCAUUGCCGAGCAGGAGAAGCUCUCUCAGGAGCGACCGUCCCUGCGGAGCCACAAGUCGCAGCGCCUCACCAUGACAAGCGAUACGCCUGCGCCUGUCCAAGCUGCCCAGUCCAACAAAGGCAGCCCGGGUCGCGACAACUCUCCCGAGGCUCCCUCCCAACCUGUGGUUGACGAGUUCACAAUGCACCUCGGCAUCGGAUGGGCACAGCUCAGCACGGACGAGCACAUCCAAGCAGCCGCUCGUGGCUGGCAGCGGUAUAUCGAGAACCACUUCCCCGUCACCGACGCCAAAAUCCGACUGCAGAGCAAGGGACUCAACGCAUAUCUUGUUGAGGGGCGGGAAGGCUUUUUCCUCUUCGCCGAUAACCUGCGCGAGGGUCGUCUCGUCAGCCGCAAUGCCUACUGCGCUCUCCAAAACCUCAAAACAUCGCCGCCCGUCUUCGACGGCCAGAGUAUGGCUGCUGCUACGUCCCCCCGCGCUUCUGCCGUGGACGCCACCCCCCUCGCAUCGACAACCACCGUUCCCGACAUGGACGUGGACAUGAGCUGAAUGACUGCAUUACUGAAAUUGGUGUUGAAGAGAGAAAGCUUUUUUUCGAUCUGUGUUCUGGUUGUGACCUUGCAAGGCCUGGGUUGCGCCAUUGACGGCGCUGGCGUAGUGAUAUAUUUUCGGGAUUUUUGAGGUGAUUUAACCUCCACGCGACAUCCGGGGCCAUAAAAGGUAAUUGGCGAUCUAAAGGGGCGUUUCUGCAACGGAAAUCAUUUUUCCCCUUUUCUUUUUGCUAUUCCUAGCCAUGUACUAUUAGCUGCACAUACACACAAAGGACUUUAUCUACGACG